AUGAGGUUGAGAUCGGCUAAGUUUGUCAUUAUCGGGGACGAACUAUUCAAGCGCGGUGUUUCCACUCCACUGCUCAAAUGCUUAACCGCGUCCCAGGCAGCCUACGUCAUCGAGGAAAUUCAUCGGGGCACAUGUGGCAUGCAUUCUGGAGCACGCUCAAUGGCGACUAGGGUACUUCGAGCUGGAUUUGGAAUCCCCGACACCCUCGUCACUGACAAUGGCCGACAGUUCAUCACACAGGGAUUCGAGGACUUCCUCCGCGAGCUCGGCAUCAAACAUCUUCCGACCUCGGUAGAACACCCUCAAACCAAUGGCCAAGCCGAAGCAGCCAACAAGGUCAUUCUCCGGGAGCUUAAGAAGCGGCUAGGGAACGCUAAAGGAUAA